GUGAGGGGAGGGCGGUGCCGGGGCCUCCCUUCCCUGCCCGUGCUGCUCGCGGAGCUCGGGGCCGCCGGCGGGGGUUGCGUUGGAAUUCGUGAGUGUUUAUUUGUGAAAAAGAACCGAGGUUUAUAGACGGGUUUGGGUUUUUUUUUUUUUCCCCCGCUAUAGCCUGAUCUGCCUCCUCAGAGAAAGGAGGGAGAAGCCCCUCGGAGAGGGGGCCGGGGUGCGGGAGGACAGCGGUGCCGCGCUGGAGGCCCCCGGGCAGGGGUGCACGGGCAGAGCACGAUGCCUUUCCUGCACGGCUUCCGCAGGAUCGUGCUGGAGUACCAGCCCCUGGUGGAUGAGCUCCUGGGGCUGCUGGCCACACCUGACACGGAAGGGCAGAGCUCCCUGGAGAGCCCUGCCUGCCUGGACAGUGACAGGAGCCAGCUCUCAGCUGUGAGAAGAGUCCUGGAGAGGGAGAACCACUCCCCAUUUUAUCAGGAAGGUGUGAGCUAUGCCCUGCUGAAGGUCACCGAGCUGGGGCUCGUCCCAGCUGCAGAAAUCCUCCUGGAAUUUGGUGCUGACCUCAGCUUUGAAGACCCAGUCACCUACUACACCCCGCUGCACAUGGCGGUGCUGCGCAACCAGCCGGACGUGGUGGAGCUCUUGGUGCGCCACGGCGCCGACAUCAACCGCAGGGACCGGAUCCAUGAGAGCAGUCCCCUGGACCUGGCCAGCGAGGAGCCCGAGCGGUUGCCGUGCCUGCGGCGGCUGCUGCAGCUGGGGGCCGACGUCAACGCCGCUGACAAGAACGGGAAGACAGCACUGCUGCAUGCCCUGGCCAGCAGUGACAGUGGCCAGAUCCACAACACCGACAGCAUCCGUCUCCUGCUGGAAGGAGGUGCAGAUGUCAGGGCUGCCACCAAAGAUGGUGACACUGUCUUCACCUAUGUCAUCUACCUGCUGGGAGAGAUGGCGUUCAGCUACACCGAGGAGGAGGCCGAGGACAUCGAGCGCUUCUGCUUCCGUGUCACGCAGCUGCUGCUGGCCCACGGUGCCAACCCCAGCGAGUGCCCAGCCUCAGAGUCCCUCACACACUUCUGCUUAAAAAGCUUCAAAGACUACUUCCCGCUGCUGCGGUUCUUGCUGGAGUCAGGCGCUGCCUACAACUGCUCCCUCCAUGGUCCCUCGUGCUGGUCCGGCUUCCACAUCGCCUUUGAGCACCUCUGCUGGCACCUCAGUCGCUUCGACGAUGAAACCUAUUCCUCAGACCUCAUCCAGAAGGGUCAGACUCUGCUGGAGCUCAUGAUGGCCAGUUCACAAGCCAUCCAGCUGCCCAGCAAUUUUGAGGUCAACACCAGCAGCUGUAGGGUCCAUGGGGAGAAGGUCCAGACUCUGUUCUGCUCUCUGAAGCAGCUGGAGCGCUCGCCACAGGCACUGAAACACCUGUGCAGGGUGUUCAUCCGGCAGCGCCUGAAACCGUGGCCAGUGGAUGACAAAAUCAAGGCUCUGCCUCUCCCAGACCGGCUGAAGUGGUACCUCCUCAUCGACCACACUGCUGCUGGGCACGAGGACCUGUGAGCCUGACAGUGCCUCUCUGUCUGCUCCCUCCACAGUCCUGCUGUGCCUACAGCCACCAUCUCUGCUCUGAGACAGUUUUCUCUGCAGCAAGAGGUGCUGCCCAUGGAGUCCCUCUCUGUGGCAUUCUGGGGGUGUUUUCUUGGGCACAAUGUCACACUUGUGUUUGUGAAGGUCUCGUUGCUCUGGGGCACGUCAUGGGGAGGCAGGCAGAGCUCCUGGGCGUGGGGGAGCUGGAUACUGGGGCUGGUUUGGAGGGAGAUAAGCAAAGGCCUGGGGUCAGGAUCAGUGGGUUGGAGGCUGUGACUGGACAGGCAGCCUGUCCCCUCUCUCCCAGCCCUGCCAUGGGUGGGUGAUGCAGUGCCUUAGGUGUCCAGUGGAGUUGAGAGAUGCCUCGGGGUGCUGGGAGAAGGAAGAGGUGUUCUGGCUUUCCUGCCUCUGGUCCUGGUGGUGGAAGUAGGUCUGGCAUCAUCCUGUGGGUGUGGAUGCCUUCCUUGCUCAGUGUGGACUUCUGACACCGGGGAUGGGAGCGAAGGGAAGCGGGGCUGGCAAUGGUGCCCGAGUGCUCCAUGCCCUCUGAGUUUCUGCACCCCAUCCUGGCACAGAGGAACAUCCACCAAGGACAUCUGAGAGUUACUGGGCUCCAAAACACACAUGAUGUUUCCUAACAUCCUUGUGCAAGGAUGAGGAAUGGGCAAUCAGCAGCUGAGUGCCUUGUGCCUCCCCAUUCCUUGGCUCUUUCCCUUGGUGACCGCUCCCAGGAUCUUAUUCUCCAGCGCCUCCUUCCCAGAAGGAAUUGCUGCACCUGGAGGGCUCAUGUUCCAGCCUUGCCACAGCUGCCUGGCUCCCCUUUCUAGGCACCUGCUUCCUCGUGACGUGCCAAAGGCUGGCCACAGAGCUGAGCCCCACACAGUUUUGUUGGUUUGUACUGUUUUUCAUGGGGGACAGAUGCAGAAGAUGAAGAGGGAAAAUCUUUUCUGGUUAAAGAUAGUUUGUAUCGGGUGGAUCUGGGAUUCACUGGCAUUUGAAACUGGAACUGUGUGUCCUGAUGAACUGGUGCUUAAAAAAAAAUCCAGUAAUGUGAUCAAAUUCUGCCCUGGUGUCUGGAAUGGGAACUGAACAAUUAAACGAGGCCUUCUAUAAUAACAA